CUCGAAAUGGUGCCACUCCAACAAGACCAUGAUGCCAACUCAUUAGUCGAAUCCAAUAGAAUGCUAUGGAUCUCCGGUGCGCUGGCCGGGUCGAAUUUCAGUCACGCUUCUGCCGCUCUAUAUGACGGACAAAGCCUGUAUCCUUAUCUGGUCACCUCUACCUCCUCCGGUGACGCUGGUUCUGUCUCAUCAUUCUUCCAUUCCUUUGCCAACUUUGAUUUCAAUCGUAGAAGUAAAAACUUUGGGCAGGACACAAUCGUUGAGGACGAUGACAGUGCUCGACCGUCCUCAUUGCUAGCCCACGUCAAUGCUGCUGCUCGUAAUACCAUCUUGGGGACACCCAAGAAUGAUUAUUAUCAUCACAAAGGCGAAGAUACGGUUGUUGACGACCACAUGCGACCGUCUACCGCCGGAUCCCAUG